UAUGGGCGUCGCGUAAACGUUGUCAUGCACGCCUGCCCUGGAGGCGGAGCGACGGGCGGCAGCGCGCCCUGGUGCUCGCUCCCACGGAUGGCAGCGGCUGAAUCCAUCUCCUCCGGAGCGGAGCCGCAGCUCGAGCCCGGCGCCGGUUAACUGGCCGUUUGUAGUCACGGAAGCCGCCGAGUCUGUCGGCGACCGGGCCGGUCACUGAGGGCUGUUGGCGGACGCAGCGGCCGCUGCUGCAGCCGCCGGUGCCGCAGAACGACGACAUGAGGAUCUGGAGCUCGGAGCAUUUGUUCAGCCAUCCAUGGGAGACGGUUAUCAAAGCUGCAAUGCGAAAAUAUCCGAACCCCAUGAACCCCAAUGUAGUUGGAGUGGAUGUACUGGAGAGAAACCUUGAUACUCGAGGGAGAUUGCAUAGCCAACGCCUGCUUUGUACAGAAUGGGGAAUCCCCAGCAUUGUUAUGACUAUUCUGGGUACAAACAGGACCACAACAUACAUUAAAGAACAUUCUGUUGUCGAUCCAGUUGAACGAACUAUGGAACUUUGUUCUUCUAAUAUAACUCUUACAAAUUUAGUGUCAGUGGAUGAAAGAUUGAUCUAUCGACCUCAUCCUGAGAAUCCAGAAAAGACCAUUUUGACCCAAGAAGCUAUUAUUACUGUAAAAGGAGUUAUUCUAAGUAGCUAUUUGGAAGGAUUAAUGGCCAACACCAUUUCUGCUAAUGCAGGAAAGGGCUGCAAAGCUAUAGAGUGGGUAAUAAACAAGACAAAUGAGACUGAAGAAUUAUCAGCAUCCGUCCAAGAGAAUGUAAAGUCACCAACAGCUGUAGCAGCUGCUGAAGAUUGAUGACCCCUGGUUGUGCCACACCUCUGACUUCUAUUCAGGAAAUUCACUUAGUAAUGUGUUCGGUGUUAUUUUAAGAUGUCGUACCUUUUUUAUGGAAAGACAUUAUAAGCUGCAAAAUUGACUUUGGAUGUAUCAAACAUUCAGGUCAUUAAAAUAAACAGCCAGCAGCCAAGCCUGUGAACAUGGGGUACCAAGUUUCAAAUUAUUUAUAGUAAGUUUUGUUUUUAUAGUGUCCUUUGUUUGACCAACAUCUAGUCAAUAACAGUUCACAAAGUGGCAUCUUUUGGUAGGUGUGUAUGUAUUUUUCUUUAAAGUAAGUGGUCUUAUCCUUGAAAUGCAACCAGAGGCAUGGACAAGCAUAUGCACCUAAAGGAGCGUGCUGUUUGGCACCUAUUGCGUUGCACUGGAUUAAUACUUGACUGUGUAGUGGUUAAUGUUGAUGCCUUACAGCACUGAGUUAACAAAAUGUUUAUGUUUCAGAAUGAUGGUACAACGUCCUAAGUAAAAUUUAUUUUUAUCAUGAAGUUGAAAUUUGGUUGUCUAUCAUUAGUGGCAGAUCUCUGGAGGCUGGCCAGCUAGAAUGCAUAGGCAUUCAACCAAUGUUUUGGUCCUAAACUAUAAAGAAAUAUGUAUUUGAAGUCAGCCUAAGUAUGUGGGCUGAACAAAAGUACACUGACCAGUAACUCAAUCACUUCAGCACAGCACUGUUACCAUAAAGAUGUAACGCAAUUUUGUGAAAGGCACGCAUAUCAUAGUUCCAGAAAUAUUUCUAUCAACGCAAAACUAUUUACAAUGUUUGCGCAAAAGGAUUCCCAUACCAGUCAGCUUUAGAUAACUUCUAGCUUGACAUUUGGACUAUUUUUGCAUAAUUCUUUCUCAAAUAAUUUCAUUUUGUUCCAAUACAAUUAUUUUAAAAACAUUUAACAGAGGUUAGAUUGUUUUCUGAAUAUUUAUGUAUUUAAAUCCUGACUUGUGCUUAAAAUACAGGAUAUUUUCUCUGAAAUACCUUGUUUUUUUUCCAACAUUAUCAUGUAUUUAAAAAAAACUCUGAAAAUUCUUUAGAAUAGCAAGUUGAGGCAUACUGUAUUUUGGAGAAGUAAACUGAAAUUGAUUGUACUGUAUCCAUGCAAUCUGCAGCUGACAAUCCUUGUUUAACUUUUAGCAUUAAAUCCACAUGUAUUCUGCUCUCCCGAGCAUGUGGAUCAGUGGAGAACAACUCAUUUACUUGUGAUUUUGAUAGCAGUGUUUCUGUUUCCUAUUUAUGUGACUAGAAAAUGUUGGAAACAGUCUGCUAACAAGGGUGGGGUUCAGGCCCAAUCUAACCCACAGCUUCAACUGCCUGUUGCAGUAUACCUGUCUCUCUAUGGGGUAGCAAGGUUCUUUCUACCAUGGGAUGAGUCUCAGAGUCACAGAACACUAAAGCACAAACAAGCCCUUUAGCCCAUCUAGCCUGUGCCCAACAAUUAAACUGCCUCGAGUCAAUUAUCUGCACCCAGACCGUAGCCCUCCAUACCCAUCCCAUUCUUGUACCUAUCCAAAUUUCUCUUAAUUGUUGAAAUUGGACCCCCAUCCACCACUUGCAUUGGCAGCUCAUUCCGCACUCUGAGUGAAGAAGCCCCCCCUUUUGACCCUGUUCACCUUUCACCCUUAACUUAUGACCUCUAGUUGUAGUCUCACCCAAUCUCAGUGGGCAAAGUUGCUUGCAUUUACCUUGUUUAUCACCCCUCAUAAUUUUGUAUACCUCUAUCAAAUCUCCCGUCCAUCUUCUAUAUUCCCAGGAAUAAAGUCUUAACCUACUCAAUCUUUCCCUGGAACUUAGGUCCUCAAAUUCUGACAACAUCCUUGUAAAUAAGAUUGAAAGAGAGCAAAGAAAAUUUACACCUUUCCUGUAGGCAGUUGACGAAAGCUGCACACAGUACUUCAAAUUAGGCCUCAAUAAUGUUGUAUACAAUUUCAACAUAAUAUCCCAACUCUACUCAGUACAUUGGCCUUCAUUAAACCAUGUGCCAAAAGCUUACUUUUCAACCCAUGGCUAAGGAUGCCACUUCCAAGGAAUCUUGGAUCUGUAUUGCCAGAUCCCUCUGUUCUACUGCACUCGUCAGUGCCUUACCACUGACCAUGUAAGACUUAUACUGGUUGUCGUCCCAAAGUGCAAUGCCUCACAUUUGUCUGCAUUUAAUUUCAUCUGCCAUUUUUCCAGCUGAUCCAGACCCUGCUGCGAGCUUUAAUAGUCUUCCUCACAGUCCACUAUACCCAAAAUCUUGGUGUCAUCUGCAAAUUUUUCUGAUGCAGUUUACCACGUUAUCAUCCAGUUGCUAUAGAUGACAAGCAACAAUGGACCCAGUACUAGCCCCUGCAGAAUGCCACUAGUCACAGACCUCCAAACAGAGAGGCAACCAUUUACAACCAUUCUCCUGCAAAGCCAGAGACUAAUCCAAUUUAUUACCUCAUCUUGACCAACCUCCCAUACAGGACCUUGUCAAAGGCAUUGCUAAGGUCCAUGUAGACAACAUCCACUGCCUUGCCUUCAUCAACUUUCCUGGUAGCUACCUUAAAAAACUGUAUAAGAUUGACUAGACCUGACUUACCACGUACAAAGCCAUGCUGACUAGCCCUAAUCAGUCCCUGUCAACCCAAAUACUUAUAGAUCCAGUCCCUUAGAAUACUUUCCAAUAGCUUUCCCACCUAUAUUGUCAAGCUGACUGGCCUAUAAUUUCCUGGCUUAUUCUUAGGGCUUUUCUGGAAAAAAAAGAGAACAAAUUUAUCUAUCCUCCAAUCCUCUGGCACCCUACCCAUGGCUAAGGAUGUUUUAAAUAUCUCUGCUAGGACCCUGGCAUUUUCUGCACUUGCCUCCUGCAGGGUCUGAGGGAACACCUUGUCAGGUCAUGGGGAUUUAUCCACCUAAUACGUCUCUUUCAGCUCCAUGUAUAGAUUACCAUUCUGAUCUUCUAGAGAACCAAUUUUGUCCCCUGCUAUCCUUCUGCUCUUAAUAUAUUUGUAGAAGCCCUUAGGAUUCUCCUUCACUUUGCUAGAGCAGUCUCAUAUCUUCUUUUAGCCCUUCUGAUUUCCUCCUUAAAUGUUCUCUUGCAUUUCUUAUACCUACUCCUUUAGAAUCUCAUUUGUUUCCGCCUACCUAUACCUGCUGUGCAUCUCCUUUUUCUUAACCAGGGCCUUAACACCUCUCAAAAACGAAGGUUCCCUUAUCCUUGCCUUUUAUUCUGGCAGGAACAUAGAGACUGUACUCUCAAGAAUUCACUUUUGAUGGCUUCCCACUUACUAGGUACAGCUUUGGUAGAGAACAGCCUGUCCCAAUCCACAUUUGCCAGAUCGUUUCUAAUACCUUCAAAAUUGGCCUUUCUCCAAUUUAGAAUCUUAACUCCAGGACUAGACCUAUUCUUUUCUAUAAUUACCUUGAAAGUAACGGCAUUAUGCUCACUAGAUGCAAAGUGUGCCCCUUCAUAAACUUUUAUUACCUGCCCUGUCUCUGUCCCUCACAGGAGAUGUGGUUUCACCCUCUCUCUAGUUGGAAUUUAUAUGUACUGUUUAAGGAAACUUUCCUGAAUGCAUUUGACAAACUCCCUCCCUUAAAUCCGGUUUACAGUAUGCUGAUGAAAAGUAAUGUGUCUUGUUUCUCUUAAAGUGGUACCUUGUUGGAUUUUAAUUACGUAGCCUAGUAAUUUGGAUUUCCCAAUAUAAGGAAUCCAUUACAUAGUCAUUAUCUUGCAAUUGGAGGGAGAAGGCAGAAAUUCGAACGGACUGGGAUGUCUGAGAUUAUAAAAAUCCUGCCUUAAUGAAAUCCAUGCCUCUUUCCUCUGGAAAUCCGGCAGACAUCAUGGAAAGCUAGCCAAUUUUUGGAUUGAUCCAGAAGUUUUUUUUUUCUCCAAGAAUAUAUUUACAUAGAAAACUUAAACUGUUUGGAUGUUAUAAUAGCAAAUAAGUAUCAAAUGGACGAAUAGGAUUAAUAAGUUAUCUGAAAAGAGAUGAACUGCUUAGAAUAUGCUGUACAGCACUAGGUAUCUUUACUAAUUCAUGAUUUUUUUUUUAGAGGAUUCAGGCGUUGCCUUCUCACUCUAAUCUUGAAUGCAUUGUGGAAAAGAGUAUAGUCAACGUUUCGGGCCCAGAACCUUCAUUGGGACUCAAUACGUACUCUUUUCCAUAGGUACUUAGUGGCCUGCUGAGUUCCUCCAGCUUUGUGUGUGUGUUGUUUGGAUUUCCAGCAUUUGCAGAAUUUCUCUUGUUUGUGACACCAGUGUAGGAAAGCUUUGCUGUAGUUAUAAAUAAUGUUGUAAACCACAACUGAAGUACUGAAUGUAGAUUUGGAUGCUUUGUUUAUGGGAAGAUGUACUUGCCACAAACAAAUAUAAGAGUGGGUAUGUUGGACCUAUAGUCUUUUGAAGUUUAGAAGAAUAAGAAAGUCGGUGAAAUAUAAGAACCUGGGCAGAUGCUGAUCAGAGUAGAUGUUGAGAGGCUAUUUCCUUCAGGGGGAAGAAUUGAGAAGUCGGGGUGAAUAGUCUUAAGCAAAGUCUCCAUUUAAGAUGAGCUUAGAAGGAAUUUCUUUUUCUAAAGAGAGUUGAAUCUUUGGAAUCUUCUGGCUCUCAGAUUCAUAGAUAUUGAGUUCUUCAUUACAUUAAUGGAUGAGACAUGAUUAGACUUUAGGAGAAUGGAGGGUUACAGAAAACAGACAGGAAUGUAGAGCCAAAGACAAGAUCAGAGUAACUAUGGUCUCUCUGAAUGGCAAACAAUCCCAAUGGGCAGUAAAGCCUACUAUUUAGAACAUAGAAAACUCACAGCACAAUACAGGCCCUUCGCCCCACAAAGCUGUGCCGAACAUGUCCUCACCUUAGAAAUUACCUAGGGUUACCCAUAGCCUUCUAUUUUUCUAAGCUCCAUGUACCUAUCCAGGAGCCUCUUAAAAUACCCUAUCAUAUCCGCCUCCACCACUGUCGCCGGCAGCCCCUUCCAUGCACUCACCACUCUCUGCAUAAAAAAAACUUACCCUGACAUCUCCUCUGUACCUACUUCCAAGCACCUUAAAACUGUGCCCUCUCAUGUUAGUCAUUCAGCCCUGGGAAAAAGCCUCUGACUAUCCACAUAAUCAAUGCCUCUCAUCAUCUUAUAUACCUCUAUCAGGUCACUUCUCAUCCUCUGUCACUCCAAGGAAAAUAGGCUGAGUUCACUCAACCUAUUCUCAUUCUCAUAAGGCACACUCCCCAAUCCAGGCAACAUCCUUGUAAACCUCCUCUGCACCCUUUUCUAUGGUUUCCACAUCCUUUCUGUAGUGAGGCGACCAGAACUGAGCACAGUACUCCAAGUGAGGUCUGACCAGGGUCCUAUAUAGCUGCAACAUUAGCUCUCGGCUCCUAAAUCCAUUUCCACGAUUGAUGAAGGCCAAUACACCGUAUGUCUUCUGAACCACAGAGCCAACCUGCUCAGCUCCUUUGAGUGUCCUACGGACUCGGACCCCAAGAUCCCUUGAUCCUCCACACUGCCAAGAGUCUUACCAUUAAUACUAUAUUCUGCCAUCAUAUUUGACCUACCAAAAUGAACCACUUCACACUUAUCUGGGUUGAACUCCAUCUGCCACUUCUCAGCCCAGUUUUGCAUCCUAUCAAUGUCCCCUUGUAACCUCUGACGGCCUUACACACUAUCCACAACACUUCCAACUUUUGUGUCAUCAGCAAAUUUACUAACCCCUCCCUCCACUUCCUCAUCCAGGUUAUUCAUAAAAAUCAGGAAGAGCAGCAUUCCCAGAAGACAUCCCUGAGGCACACCACUGGUCAACGACCCCCCCCCCCCCAUGCAGAAUAUGACCCACCUACAACCACUCUUUGCCUUCUGUGGAUGAACAAAGCAACGUUCCCUUGGAUUUCAUGCCUCCUUACUUUCUCAAUAAGCCUUGCAUGGGGUACCUUAUCAAAUGCCUUGCUGAAAUCCAUAUACACUACAUCUACUGCUCUAUCUUCAUCCAUGUGUUUAGUCACAUUCUCAAAAAAUUCAAUCAGGCUGGUAAGGUACGACCUGCCUUUGACAAAGCCAUGCUGACUAUUCCUAAUCAUAUUAUGCUUCUCCAAAUGUUCAUAAAUCCUGCCUCUCAGGAUCUUCUCCAUUAACUUACCAACCACUGAAGUAAAACUCAUUUGUCUAUAAUUUCAUGGGCUAUCUCUACUCCCUUUCUUGAAUAAAGAAAUAAUAUCUGCAAUCCUCCAGUCCUCUGGAACCUCUCCCGUCCCUAUUGUUGAUGCAAAGAUCAUUGCCAGAGGCUCAGCAAUCUCUUCUCUCACCUCCCACAGUAGCCUGGGGUACACCUCAUCCAGUCCCAGUGACUUAUCCAACUUGAUGCUUUACAAAAGCUCCAGCACAUCCUCUUCCCUAAUAUCUACAUGCUGCAGCUUUUCAGUCUGCUGUAAGUCAUCCCUACAAUUGCCAAGAUCCUUUUCCGUAGUGAAUACUGAAGCAAAGUACUCAUUAAGUACCUCUGCUAUCUCCUCUGGUUCCAUACACACUUUUCCACUGUCAAACUUGAUUAGUUCUGUUCUCUCACGUCUUAUCCUCUUGCUCUUCACGUACAUGUAAAAUGCCUUGGGGUUUUCCUUAAUCCUGUCCACCAAGGCCUUCUCAUGGCCCUCUCUGGCUCUCUUAAUUUCAUUCUUAAGCUCCUUCCUGCUAGUCUUAUCAUCUUCUAGAUAUCUAUCAUUACCUAGUUUUUUGGACCUUUCGUAAGCUCAUCUUUUCUUCUUGACUAGAUUUACAACAGCCUUUGUACACCACAGUUCCUGUCCCCUACCAUCCUUUCCCUGUCUCAUUGGAACGUACCUAUGCAGAACUCCAUGCAAGUAUCCCCUGAACAUUUGCCACAUUUCUUCCAUACGUUUCCCUGAGAACAUCUGUUUCCAAUUUAUGCUUCCAAGUUCCUGCCUGAUAGCAUCAUAUUUCCCUUACUCCAAUUAAACACUUUCCUAACUUGUCUGUUCCUAUCCUUCACCAAAGCUAUGGUAAAGGAGAUAGAAUUGUGAUCACCAUCUCCAAAAUGCUCUCCCACUGAGAGAUCUGACACUUGGCCAGGUUCAUUUCCCAAUACCAGAUCAAGUACAGCCUCUCCUCUUGUAGGCGUAUCCACAUAUUGUGUCAAGAAACCUUCCUGAACACACCUAACAAACUCUUUCCUACAUUCUUACCUUUAGUGACAUGAUAGCAAACUUGAUUAUUUAAAUGCAAAUCUGUGGUCAUUAGAAGAAUAAUGUUAGAAUGAGUGUCUCUGUGCUACAUUUGCUCAGGGAUCUCCGGGAAUCGAAGAUAAAGCAUGAUAUUGCUAACAGCAACCAAGGUGAAAGUCCUUUUUCUUUGAAUGUUUACAUACAAGAAAGGAAAUGAACCCUGCAAGCACAAGGAAUCACAAAUGAGAAAAUCUGCAGAUGCUGGAAAUCCGAACAACACACACACAAUGCUGGAGGAACCCAGCAGGCCAGGCAGCAUCUAUGGAAAUGAAUAAAUAGUCGACAUUUUGGGCCGAGGCCCUUCAACAGCACAAUGCAUAGUUGCCCAUUUGUCUUUGAGUCUGAGCUACUACUCCGAAAGAUCAGGACUAAUCUUGGGACUGAAGACCAUCUAUUUACUUAAACCUCAAUGACCUCAGCCUACCACUUUCUAACUCUGACUUUUUUUUUUCUCCAGUCCUGAUGAAGGGCCUCGGCCCAAAACAUGCACUAUACUAUUCUCCAUAGGUGCUGCCUGGCCUGCUGAGUUUCUCCAGUAUUUUGUGUGUGUUGCAAGUAUUCCAUAAGCCUUCUUAACCACCUUAUCAACCUGUGUAGCUACUUUCAAGGAGCUAUGACCUUUGGACCCUAUGAUCUCUCUGCUCAACAACACUGUUAAGGAUCAUGUGCUUAACUGUGGACUGCUCCUUGCAUUUACCCUACCAGGGUGCAACACCUCACAUUUAUCUGGGGUAAGCUCCUUUUGACAUUUCUCUACCUAUAUCUACAACUGAUCUAUAUCAGGCUGUAUUCUUUAUCAGUCUCCUAAACUAUUUGCAACUCCACCAAUAUUGGUUUCAUUGGCAAACUUACUAAUCCCUUCACCUACUAUUCUCUGUUUUCUAUGUGCAAGCCAGUUCUGAAUCCAAACAGCUAAUUCACCAUGGACCCCAUGAAUCUUAAUCUUCUGGUUUAACCUCCCAUGAGAGGCAUUGUCAAACACCGUACUAAAAUCCACGUAGACAGCAUCCACUGCUCCUACCCUCAUCUAUCACUCUUGUCAGAAACUGAUUCAAGUUAGUAAGACACGACUUGCCCGGCACAAAGCCAUGCUGGGCUCUCCCUAAUUAAGCCAUGGGUUUCCACAUGCUCAUAUAUCCCCCAUCUCCUAGAAUUCUCUCCAGCAAUUUCUCUUCAACUGGUUUAUAGUUCCCAGGAUUUUCCUCUGUUCCCUUCUUAAAUAGAGAUUCAACAUUAGCUAUUUGCCAGUCCUCCAGGACCUCAAUGGUGCCUAGAUGGACAAGAAGGUACUGGGUCAAGGCACCAGUAAUCUCAUCUCUUGCCUCCCUCAAUAACUUGAGGUAAAUUCCAAAAAGCUCUGGGGACUUAUUCACCUUAAUACUCCCUAGGAGAUCUAAUACUUUUUCUCCUUGACCUCUAAAUGCCCUAACAUAUUUAUGCACUCUGCACUGAUCUUCUGGUCCUCCAUGUCCUUUUCUUUGGUAAGUAUUGAAGUAAAAUACUCAUUCAGGACCUCACUCACAUUCUCCGCAUCCAAACAAGUGCUACACUUGCCCUUACACUUCCUCCCUUACCACCAUUCAGGGCCCCAGACAGUCCUUCCAGGUGAGGCGACACCUCACCUGUGAUUCGGCUGGGGUGAUAUACUGCAUCCAGUGCUCCCGAUGUGGCCUUCUAUAUAUUGGCGAGACCCGAUGCAGACUGGGAGAUCGUUCUGCUGAGCACCUACGCUCUGUCUGCCAGAGAAGGCCAGAGAUCUCCCAGUGGCCACACAUUUUAAUUCCACAUCCCAUUCCCAUUCUUAUAUAUCUAUCCACGGCCUCCUCUACUGUAAAGAUGAAGUCACACUCAGGUUGGAGGAACAACACCUUAUAUUCUGUCUGGGUAGCCUCCAACAUGAACAUUGACUUCUCUAACUUCCGCUAAUGCCCCACCUCCCCCUCGUACCCCAUCCGUUAUUUAUUUAUAUACACACAUUCUUUCUCUCUCUCUCCUUUUUCUCCCUCUGUCCCUCUGACUAUACCCCUUGCCCAUCCUCUGGGUUCCCCCCCUCCCCCUUUUCCUUCUCAGUGAGCCUCCUGUCCCACGAUCCUCUCAUAUCCCUUUUGCCAAUCACCUGUCCAGCUUUUGGCUCCAUCCCUCCCCCUCCCACUUUCAAAUCUCUUACUAGCUCUUCCUUCAGUUAGUCCUGAUGAAGGGUCUCGGCCCGAAACGUCGACUGUACCUCUUCCUAGAGAUGCUGCCUGGCCUGCUGCAUUCACCAGCAACUUUGAUGUGUGUUGCUUGAAUUUCCAGCAUCUGCAGAAUUCUUCGUGUUUACCCUCUUUAUCCUUGAGUGGUCUUAGCUUCUCCCUAGGUAUCCUCUUGCUCUACCUGCUGCCUAAUCUGAAGUUUCCCAGCAUUUUGUUUUAAUUGAAGACAGGAGAGGGUCAGAUUUCUCACCCAGAAAAUGUCAUCAAUAAGAUGGAAAGUUGCCUUCACACCUAAAGAUUGAUUGGUUUGUAAUGAACAUUGCAAUAGGGAGAUGGUGACCAACACUUGGAAUUAUUCAGAAAACACAUACUGGAGGGGGUAGGGCAUCAUUACAAUCUUUCUAGAUAGAUGAAUUACAUUGUGCCUCUUGUCCAUUCUCAGCUCAAAUUAUCUUGUGAACAUGCAAACCGUUUGAUUCUAGUUAUUUGUAUUUAAGUGGUGAGAGCCACAUUUAUUAGCAUGGACCACUAGAUGGAGUCUAAUACAACCUAACUCCUCAUUUCUUCUACUAUGCUCUAGAUAAUGUGAGUAAUUUUACCAGACAAUUUUAAAAGAUCUAUUUCCAGAGAUUCAUCUUUCUUUGCUAUGUGCUAUUUUUAGGGUGUUUUUUUUUACUUCACAAGUAGCUUUUGAGAUUGAAAUAACUCUGAGAAUUCAAAGCAGUCAGUUUGAAGGGAUUAUGCAGCCAGUAUCAUUAGUAAAGUGGAAUUAUACAACAAUCAAACUAGACAUUUUAGUUAAGGAGACCCUGUAUUUCUCACAUUUCAUGUACCUUUAAGUUUUCCAUGUCUUUUUACAUUGAGAUGCAUCUUUUCAUUUAAAAAUAAUUUAUACAUAAUUUAUAUAUAGAAAAAUAAUAAUUGUAAUAAAAUCUAGAAGAAAAUUUGCAGGACACUUUACAUUCUUUGUGACAUUUGGUCAACGUAUUGAACAGUGUUAAUGCUUAUCGCUUAAACCAUAGCACCAUUGCCACAUGCAGUCCUCUGGGGUGAUACACCCUUUCAUUAUCUGAGGGUCUUCCUCACCCAGCUCAGCUCCCCAAACCUGGUAACAGAAGGAGCUUAAGUUGUGAUCCUCUUAACAUUAAGACACUUUUCUAUAUAUAUGGGGAUCCUUUGACAAUUCAGAUCCAUGCCAGGACCCUGACAACAUGGAUCAUUCACCUUUACUUGGAAGCCUGUUCUAAGCAAAGGCAACAUCAUUCACAAAGACUACCAGUAACAAAGGCCCGCAAUGUACCCGCUCAGCCUUUAGCUGCCCAUGGAAAAGGAGCUCAUGGUCUACUGAGCAGCAGUGGUGUACACUUCAAAACUAUUGGCUAUUUAGAGUAGGCACCAGGGAACUACUUCCCAUUAUCACUGGCAGGAUCAGCAAACCAAAUCAGUCAUCUUCAUCCAAUCCAGCAUCCCCAACAUUAAGGUUGUAAUUAACUGAACCCAAUCCAGCGAGUGAACUAUUUCAUCCACAUACUUGGCAAGAGAAUCUCAAAGCAAACACUCUAGCCUGAGCUCCAACACAGUAAGCAAAUACCAGGGAAGUGUAAUAAAGGGGAGCAGCAAAAGUUCAUCAGAUUGUUUUGAGAUGGAGCUUGUGCUAAGAGGAGAGGAUAAGCAGACUGAGCCCAUACACUAAGUUUAGUAGAAUGAGGGUUUAUGUGGGGCUUGACUGGUUAGAUGCAAGGAUGCAUCUCACUUUCAAGGACUCUUCAUCUCAUGUUCUCGAUAUUUAUUUAUUAUAAUUAUUAUUUAUUUUCUUUUUGUAUUUGUAGUUUGCAAUCUUUUGCACAAUGAUAGUUUGUCCAACCUCUGGGGGGGGGCGGCCUUUCAUUUGAUUCUAUUGUGUUUCUUAUAUUUACUGUGAAUGCCCUGAAUAAAGUGAAUCUCAGGGUUGUAUAUGGUGACAUAAUACAGUAUGUACUUUGACAAUAAAUUUACUUUGAAUUUUGGACUUUGAACUUUUGAUAUUAGACCACGACACAUAGGAGCAGAGUUAGGCCAUUUGUCCUGUCGAGUCUGCUCCGCCAUUCAGACAUGGCUGAACCACCAUUCCCCUCCUCAGCCCCACUCCCUGGCCUUCUUCCCGUAACCUUUGAUGCCAAGUCCAAUCAAGAACCUAUCAAGCUCUGUCUUAGAUACACCCAACAAGCUGGGCUCCACGGCUGCCUGUGGUAAUAAAUUCUGCAAAUUAACCACCCUCUGGCUAAAGAAAUUUCCCUGCAUCUCUGU